CGGGCCACGCCCCGGAAGUGCGCGCGCCGGCAAGAUGGCGGCCGCGGCGGGUCAGCUGCGGGAUCUGCGCCGUUCCUGCCGGCUGCUGCUCUUCCUCUCCCAGUUCUACAUUUUGUCUGGUGGUGAGCACUCGCAGCCGCUGACUCAGGCAGUGAAGGACCCGGGCCCAACGCGCACCUUCACAGUAGUUCCCAGGGCAGCAGAAAGUACCGAAAUCCCACCUUAUAUGAUGAAGUGUCCAAGCAAUGGCUUGUGUAACAGACUCCCUGCAGACUGUAUAGACUGCGCCACGAAUUUUUCCUGCAUCUAUGGGAAGCCUGUCACUUUUGAUUGUACAGUGAAGCCUUCUGUUACCUGUGUUGAUCAAGACUUCAAACCCCAAAAGAACUUCAUCAUCAACAUGACUUGCAGAUUUUGCUGGCAGCUUCCUGAAACAGAUUAUGAAUGCACCAAUUCCACCAGCUGCAUGACGGUUUCCUGUCCCCGGCAGCGAUACAGGGCCAACUGCACAGUGCGAGACCACAUUCAUUGCUUGGGUAACCGUACUUUUCACAAAAUGCUGUAUUGCAACUGGACUGGAGGCUACAAGUGGUCAACUGCUCUGGCUCUAAGCAUCACGCUCGGUGGCUUCGGAGCUGACCGCUUCUACCUGGGCCAGUGGCGCGAAGGCCUCGGCAAGCUCUUCAGCUUCGGCGGCCUGGGAAUAUGGACGCUCAUAGACGUCCUGCUGAUCGGAGUCGGCUACGUGGGACCAGCAGACGGCUCUUUGUACAUUUAGCUGUGCUUCCGUGCUUCCGAGAGGAGCAGCACUCGGAAAAUGUGUCCGGCCUGUAGGAAUUCAUGUGGUGUGAGUGACGUAUUUGUAUGUGUUUAAUGUACAGCAUCUGUACUUUGCUUGCCUUGAUGAAGGUAAAAUAAAGAAGUGAAACACUGAACCGUGCUAACCUGAAAUUUGUUUUUAUUUGCCUGAAAUUUUUUUCUGUGAAAAAAUGUAAACUUAGAGCCAGAACAAAUUCUGCGUGGUGAUAAGUCCAUUUAACUUCAGUGAUGUUAGUUUUAUAUUGUACAAGUCACACCGUUCUCCUUGUGUCUCCAGCCUGCCUGCCAUCUGCCUUGAAAAGCCUUUCAGCUGCAACUGCAGAGACAGGUUUUUAUUCUGUUAGCUGAACAGAGUUAGCUACCUAUGCUUCAGUCAGCUGUAAGCUUUGUGGCAUAGUCUGGUCUUUAUAAAGAAAAAUGAAGAACUUUUGUGUCUGGUUGCCAUGAUUUACAUUUUGUUAAUGUAAAAGUUUGCAGGAGUACGGAAAACUUUAAUAAAACUACAAAUUUAAGAAA